CGGACUCGGCCGAGGCCGUCCGCCGCGUUGGCUUUUCGGUUGUUGGUCGCGGUGGCUGCGCGGCCUGCGGUCGGGCUGCGGCGCGCGGAGCAAUGGCGACCUUUGUGAGCGAGCUGGAGGCGGCCAAAAAGAACUUGAGCGAGGCCCUGGGGGACAACGUGAAACAAUACUGGGCCAACUUAAAACUGUGGUUCAAGCAGAAGAUCAGCAAGGAAGAGUUUGACCUCGAAGCUCAUAGACUUCUCACCCAGGAUAAUGUGCAUUCCCACAACGAUUUCCUCCUGGCCAUUCUCACGCGUUGUCAGAUUUUGGUUUCUACACCAGAGGGUGCUGGAUCUCUGCCCUGGACAGGAGGUUCUGCAGCCAAACCUGGAAAACCCAAGGGAAAGAAAAAGCUGUCUUCUGUUCGUCAGAAAUUUGAUCAUAGAUUCCAGCCUCAGAAUCCCCUGUCGGGAGCCCAGCAGUUUGUGGCAAAGGACCCCCAAGAUGAUGAUGAUUUAAAACUGUGCUCGCACACGAUGAUGCUCCCCACCCGGGGCCAGCUGGAGGGGAGAAUGAUCGUGACGGCUUAUGAGCACGGGCUGGACAACGUCACGGAGGAGGCCGUUUCUGCCGUUGUCUACGCGGUGGAGAACCAUCUUAAAGAUAUACUGACAUCAGUUGUGUCGAGAAGGAAAGCUUACCGGUUACGAGAUGGCCACUUUAAGUAUGCCUUUGGGAGUAAUGUGACCCCACAGCCGUACCUGAAGAACAGUGUGGUAGCUUACAACAACCUGAUAGAAAGCCCUCCAGCGUUCUCUGCCCCCUGUGCCGGUCAGAACCCAGCGUCGCACCCGCCGCCCGACGACGCCGAGCAGCAGGCCGCGCUCCUGCUGGCCUGCUCGGGAGACACUCUGCCCACGUCGCUGCCCCCCGUCAACAUGUACGACCUCUUUGAAGCUCUGCAGGUGCACAGGGAGGUCAUUCCUACACACACUGUCUACGCCCUUAACAUCGAGAGGGCCAUCAUGAAACUCUGGCACCCGAACCACGAGGAGCUGCAGCAGGACAAGGUGCACCGCCAGCGCCUGGCCGCCAAGGAGGGGCUUUUGCUCUGCUAGGACCCGGCACUGCGGGACCCUCGCAAACUCAUGAGUAGCUUUCGGAUGCACAUUUCAAGGCUGAAGUGUAUACUGUACAUAUAACCUUUCCUAUGGAAAUGUGACACUGAGUGCAUUUGUGUUGCUACUGUGGAGCCACGCACAGGAAGCGUCACUCGGAUAAGGCCCCGAGCUGUGUACGUGGUGCUCCCGACGUGGGAGCAGGCACUGAGGAGACCGCGCCUGGCAUGCUCGUGCCCAGGCAUCUGAAGCGCAGCGUCCUGCGGUCUGCGCGUGCUCUAGGUGACACCUGGAACAAGGAAGCUGUUGUCGCCUCGUCUCCAGGGAGAAAUCCAGAAUUCCUGCCAAUCUGCUGAAGAAUUAUGCUCUUGCAUUUGGGUUGAAAUAACCUGCACAGUGUUAAAUAUCAGAUUACCUCCUCAUUUUUUAAAAGCUAUAUCCCAGGAAAAUUUAUCACUACAACUCUACAGAAAAUAUGACUUGGAAAUGCUAUGCUCUUUGACAGAAUAAAGUUAUGUUUGAAAACAAAAUCAAAACAAAACUUUUGGAAUGCAAUUAAUCAACCUUAUUAAAUUACUCAAGUUUUUUGUUUUGUUUUUUUUUUUAGAGUGAAUAUGCCAAAAGAUUGAUUGGCAUGGCCAUUUGUUAUCACUGUAGAAUUUCUACCCUUUCAAGUGAUGAAACAAAAAUAAUUUACAUUUGACAGUGUUAUUGAUAACCAAUUUUUUUUUAAGAGAUACAUUGCUUUUUCUGAAGAGUUAGUGUUGAUGGAUAAAUUAGAAUGUAGAUGCAUUUGUGUAGGUCUAAGUGAUGGAUGUAUUGAUGUGUACAUAUGGUUCCUAUAUCUGGAUUUGUGUGAUUUUGUACUUUAAAUGUGACAAUAAACCUUUUGGGAGGAAACAUUUUUUGUCACUGAACAUAUAAGGAAUACUGCCUUCUACAGAAAUAAUGAAAAGCCUGACUUGAGGAGAUCUUGGUAGAAACUUCAGAAGAAUGUACUAGAUGAAACAAAGAUUAAAAAGCACGUUCUGAUUAA